UUCCACCCACGCUAUGCACCUGCUUCUUACCAUCGUCGUAAGCAUGUUCUCUCUUUUUGUACAGGCUUCCGAAAUGCUUAUCGAGUAUGGACCGUGCCGCCAGUCAUAGCUGCCACCUUCUACAACAGCUCCAUGAGCAGCGGAUCCAAGGACUGCUCUGUGACUGCAUGCUCGUGGUAAAGGGCGUCUGCUUUAAAGCGCACAAGAACGUGUUGGCUGCCUUCAGCCAGUACUUUAGGUCUUUAUUCCAGAAUGCUUCAAGCCAGAAAAACGACGUCUUUCAUUUGGAUAUUAAAAAUAUUGGAGGAAUAGGGCAGAUUUUGGACUUUAUGUAUACCUCGCACCUUGACUUGAAUAAUGAUAAUGUACAAGCUAUGCUGGACAUUGCGCAAUGUCUCCAAGUACAGAAUGUCCUCGGCAUGUGUUACAGCUUCCUGAAGCUGAAUUCUGCUGUUGACCAAGUAGCUACAAUACCAUGUAGCAAGUCUGUGCCGGUUCCAGACGCUUACCCGGAAUACACAACUUCCAUUCUCAACGAGCAAGUCAGCGUUCCAUUAUUAACAGAAACGGUAACGGAAGAGAGACCCUCCCAGGCACCUCCACCCGAUAAGAUCAACGUCCCUUCAAAUGGCGCGCCAAAAUCUACCUCUGCCCCUUUAAACGAUAAGGAAACUCACUUGAAACAGUUAAAUCAACCGUACAAAUUACGGGACUUUUACAGUAAAAUGUUUUACAAGGAAAACGCGGAUAAAGCAGCGCAACAAUCCGCAACGUUAAAUCCGUGUACAGACGUUCACACGAUUGAAUCCCAGCCGUGGGCAUUAAAUAAUUCCGUAUCUAUACUUGCUCCGUCUGAUUCUUUGCCGCUACAACCUUUGCCUGCAUUCUCACACACGUUUGUUUCGAGCCAGGAUCCAGAAAGAUCACCUUUACAGUUCCCCAGCGAAAUGCGUCUUAAAAAAGCAAUCCACUCGAAAAGAUUAAACUUCCUGAGGUCUCAGAAGGCAGCCAAAGAGUCCACAGAACCCGCCGGCGUCUUGCAGAACACGGCAGAGGAAGCUGUGCUCGCCAGCGAGAAGGAACCCGACGAAGCCUGCGGCUCAUAUUUAGAGAAAGAAGCAGAUGUGGAGAUCUUUGAGAAGCUGGGUCAGGCGAUGGAGGACCGACCUGGGAGUCCUUCUUCUAUAGAAGAACAAGAUGUCUCAAACAGACACUGUGUGUGCGAUAUUUGCGGAAAGAGUUUCAAGCACCCGAGUAACCUGGAGUUACACAAACGGUCUCACACAGGUGAGAAACCCUUUGAAUGUAGCGUUUGUGGGAAACACUUUUCACAGGCUGGAAACCUUCAAACUCAUUUACGCCGGCACUCUGGUGAGAAGCCGUAUAUCUGUGAGAUUUGUGGGAAAAGAUUCGCAGUCUCUGGGGACGUCCAGCGCCAUAUUGUAAUCCACACCGGAGAGAAGCCUCACUUAUGCGAUAUCUGCGGAAGAGGUUUUAGUAACGUCAGCAACUUGAAGGAGCACGAAAAGACUCAUGCAGCCGAUAAAAUGUACACGUGUGACGAGUGCGGGAAAUCCUUCAACAUGAAUAGGAAACUGAUCAAGCACAGAAUCAGGCACACGGGGGAGAAACCUUACACCUGCCUCACAUGUGGAAAAAAAUUUGGUGACUCGGGAGAUUUGCGAAGACACAUCCGAAGUCAUACAGGAGAAAAGCCCUACACGUGUGACGUCUGCAACAAAAGUUUCUCUCGCUCUGCAGUCCUUAGACGCCAUAAGACCAUGCACUGCCGAGCCGGGGAAGACAGGCAGAAUACAACAGAAGAAUUCUCAAACGCAGAAAAAUCGUCCGACCCGGACAAGUCACACAAAGCAGUUCCAUUGCCGCAGGACAUAUCUGCAUGUUUUGUGCCCAGCAACUCGGUAGGAAAUACAAGAACGGAAUUCACAGGAAACACAUCAGAUUCUUACUGUAAAUUGCAAACGACUGUUCAUGAAUUCACUGGACCAGACAAAAUGACCGUGGACCAAGUGAAAACCUCCAAACCUCAUCUGGCAGACUCCUCUCAUAGCUACACAUUUUCUGAAGUAGAGGUGCCGGUCGCAGAUGAAGCUCUGGCCUCGGACAUAUCUAUGAUUCGACCCUCCUUAGUCACUUUGGAGAAUAACUGCAACGAACCUUUAUCUAACCGUGUUUCAUCUACCGUGUACCGGACUUCUGAAGGUCCUUUUUUUUCCGGUAUGACGCUCUGGGGAUUGGCUAUGAAGACCUUACAAAGCGAAAAUGACGUGGAGCAGUAAUAAUAACCCAUAAAAUGUUUUGUUUGUAAGACAGAAGAUUGCUGUGAAAGGACUUUAUUUAAAUUUGCAAUCAUUUGCAGAUUUUACAUUGAUGCCAUGUUGAAACUGUUGUUUUUGUAAAUUAAAUUUAAAAAAAUCA